CAAGUGUGACCCUACUGACUCGGAUUCGGAGAGUACUAGAAAAGCGACACUCUUAACACAAGAUGGAGGCCGCCAAAGCCCGCACGGCGGCGGCCUUCGGUGCGGCCCGGGGCUUCCAGAAGAUGUUUUUUUCUGCUUCGUUGCCGACCUUUUUCUUCUGGUCGUUUGUUUUCUACAUCUUUGCGGGCACCUGGUGCAUGAUCAGCAUGCCGGCGCUGAAGGCGUACCUGUGCGGCAUACCGGCCGAGGACACCAAAUUGCACCGCACCUACAUGCCGGACGCCAUGAAGCCUGGGCUGGGGUGUCCCAACUGCACGGACUUGAUAUUGACCUGUGGGAAGUCGGACUGCGUGCAGGCGGCGUUCCAGCGGAGUUACGUGUACGAAGUCGUCGUAAACUUAGUUCGCCAUCAACAUCGUGCGUCCUACAAUUUUGCUGCUGAAGAUACAUUCUGUGACUUAUUUCAGUCUGCCUGUCCUCUUCUAGUCCUAGAAGUACAAGUUGUAUGAAGAGCGCUCCGUUCUUGUAGCCAGAAAAGCAAUCAUCUAAAAUCAACCGGAAAUAACCGAGAUUCACCAACACUGUACCAUCUCAGCCUCUACGGAAGCGCCGCGCCCUUGAACACCAGUCAUAUUCUCGGCGACUCCAUGAUCAAAGACACGUUGCAAGAAACCGUGCUCGACGCUAUCCAGGAUACCGAGUGCAACACCGCGGUGACGUCUGGAACGACUGUCCACGGCAUCACCUUGGACGCCAUCGCGAAGCGCGCAGCGGCGGCCGCUGCCAACAACGCGGACGGGCUGACGGCCAAGUGCGUGAAAGUCAUGUGCCAGAAUUUGUACUCGUUGUUCGUCACGAACAAUUAUGCAAUGCAAAAGUAUCUUACUAGUAUAGAUUGCAUUACAAAUUCCCCAGCAUUACAAAUUGAAUAUGUAAUGCUGAUUUACCUUGAGAAAGAGAUUUGUAAUGCAUAAAAUGCAAUUACUACGAGUACGAUACUUUUGCACAGGAUAAAAAUGCCUCUGGCACGCCGGAACCGACCACCACCGCGAUCUCAGAGUGUACGGCGGAAGCGGUGUGGAGUCUCGCGAGCGCGAAGACCAUGCUGGACGCCUGCGACCAGUUUUCAGACUACAAGGCGGUUCUGUCGGGGCACGCGUACGAGCGCAUCAUCGCCACGAAAAACACCUGCAUGCAGCCGGCCAUUGACAACGCCAAAACGGCGUUCGCGGCCGAGUACGCGGCGAUUAUCGACAUUAGUGGGGCGGCGGGGAGCACCGCGGUUACGGAUCGGAACACCUGUUUCGGUCUGCUCAGUGCGGCGAACGACUUGGUGACUUUAGUCAAGAAUAUCAAGGAGGCGAGGAUUUCGGUACAGUGUGAGAAGAAGUUGCGCAUUUUCAAUGAUUAUGAUUUUUUUUUCGUCUUUCUCUUAAACUUGAACUUCUACGACUUCUGCGGUAUAAUCACGCCUGAUGAAGCGAUGUCCUAUUAUAAUUUUGAUUUCCAGAAUGAACAAGUAGACAAUGACAAUUCCAGCCCGCCGGCAAUUUCGACAACGGCAAUGUCUGCGGGCGUUUUUUCUGCAACGCCUUGUACAAUGCCGGCACGUUUCCGAAUCAAGCCACGCCCCCUGCGACCGUCGUCACAGCCUGCACCUACACCGGUGCUUCCUCCGCGGGGUUCGCGAUCAAAGAUAUUUUGGCCACUUUAAUUCAGGGCCCGGGCACCGGGGAUACCUACGACGCGAUGGACAUCCCGACGUAUUGCAACGAAGCCAGCGGCGGCGUAAUUGGUAUUUCGGACUUCCGAAGUCUGCUGACGGAAUUUCAGGCGCAGUACACAGCGAAUUUGGGAAAUCCAAGAAGGGAGUUAAUUGGGGCAUCAACUACUACGGGAGCAGGAGGUGGCGGAAGUGCAAAAGUAGAUGAAGCAGACGAAAGUGUUGGAGGGAGAUUAUUUGCGGACGAAGUAGGUCAACAAGGUCAUCAUGCUGAUGCAACAAGCAAAGCUUCAACAUCAUCUUCGUCUACCACCAGCGAAAGCGAGAGCGGGGGCCCCGCCGCCGCGGCCCUAGGUGGCAAGUCUAACCACGCAGCAGCUGCUGAAACUGAGAAAUUCGUUCAAGAACUGAUCCAAGACCAUAAGCUGAACAGCGUAAUCCUGCUGCACGAAGAGGAUGUGAAUACGAAGAAAAGUGAGUCGGAUAGUAAAAACAGUAAGUCAAUAACAUCCUGCGGCAGGGCACCAGCAUCUUCGCUAAAAAAUAUUGACAAGAAGACAAGCCAGCAUCCUUCACUUCCGUACAAGGAGAAAAUCGUGCUGGUGGAAGAUCUUUUCAUCCCCGAAAGUUUCAGGGAAGAAGAAAAACGAUCCAUCAAGCACAAGCUGGAACAAUAUGCGUCGGAGAACCAGGCGGAGAGAAUAAGACGGAAAAGAGCUGCGGAUUUGGCAGCGGCGGUUGAUGCUGAGAAAGACGGUCGCACAACAGCUACACAAGAGUUUGGCGCGGCCGGUAGUACCGAUAGCGGCACCACGACAUCACCUUCCUCGCAGGCACACCUUCGAUUCUCUGUUUCCUCGCUUGUUCCAGAGCUUCUUAGCACUUUUUUCGCACGGGUUUUGCCGAUACCUGUAGUAGAACUACUGGGCAGCACAAGCAGAAGUGUUUCACCUGAGGACGACGGAGCUGUAGAGAAUGCGUCUACGACGUCCUCUGAAGAUCUCUUUGUCCAGACUGUCAUCAAGACAAUACCAAACCUGUACGCUUGGAUGUACUUGCAACACGACCCGAUAUUCGGGGACUAUAAUAGAGGGGCACCAACAUCUUCGUCCACCGCAAAUAAUCUUCCCUCAUCCGCAGUUUCUACAUCACGACCCAUAAACGUACAUCCUCUUCAAAUUAGCACGCCGCCCUUUGUGCUGGAGUUAGAAGCUUCGAUCUCUUCAGAUCCAGGUCGUUCCACCGUCGACGUCCAAGAUAGCCCACAUGAUCUAGUCGACUCACCCGCCGCGCCACUAGCCACAAGCUACAGCUCUCGUUUUGGGGCCAUCGGCGACUUGAACUCCGACGAGGAUUUGCGCACUAGUGAGACAAAAGACGCGACCAUUCCGAGUCAGCGCGAAGUUCUUGCGAUGCAUCGAGUAGAGAAGACAUCCGCGGCAAAGGACACGGAUUCAACGCGACAACCGCCUGGCGGGCGACCACAUCAACGAAAAGACCUUUCAAGGAGAAAUGAGUACCCUACUGCUUCCCCCGCAGAAGGUCAUAGACCAACGAACCAAGAGGAGCCUCCUGAUGCGCUUACAACUCCGCCGCCUCCGCCUCCAAUAAUAGUCGACGCAGGAUACGAUGCAGCAGAGCAGGAGCAGCUAUACUACGAGAGAAGAAACAAAAGGAAUCGCAACAGAAAUCGGCAACUCCAGUCAAAUGACGACCUGGACGACUAUGAAGAGGGCGACUGGUCGUUGUGCAAUUGCUACACCAUGUGCAUGCCCGGCUUGCAGACGCGAAAGGUCGACUGCUACGCCAGCGCCUGCGCAGAACCAAAGCCGGCAACCAAGCAGGCCUGCGAGUGCACGCACUGCGCGGAUUGUCAAGUUCUGCUCAACCUGCUCAUCAUCGCAAUCUUCUACUUCAUCCAGGUAUGUUACUAGAUGUUGAUGUAGUACAUAAGACAUCGACCUUGUCUUUGAAGAUUUUCUUUCUCGCUCGAACUAAAGCUUGCUUGCGUGCAGCUACAUCGAAAAAAUCGCAUUCGCAUUGCCUUUACGAGCUGGUGCGGUUUUAGUUGCUGAGUACAGAAACUGAAACAGAAACUCUCAUCUUCAUUCAAUUUCUACAACUAUCAGGGCGGCAUCGCGUUUGUCGUGUGGCUCGGAUUUCUCUACUGGUCCAGCAAAACGCAGGAUGACCUCGUCGGCCUCAACAUUUGCCAGAAAUGCCUGGCGAUCAUGUGCAAGAAGCUUCCGACCUUCGUCCGGAUCUUGACCUUUAUCCAGGAAAAAACACCCAUCCCCAUGCAUUUUUUGCAUGACAAACAAAGGAGUUUAUGCAUGUUUUGCAUGACAAAUUGGAUGGGGAUGGGUGUUUUUUCCUGGAUAACCCUGAUCAUGUUCUUCCAGCUGUGCUUCCUUGCCACCCAAGCCUUCGCGCCGUACGACAUGCUCGCGUGGCAGAUGGAUUGCAAGUUUCCGGAUAUGUGGGUCACGGCGGGCGUGAUCUCGAUUGUUUGGAUUUUCCAAUUGAUGCUGGGCAUGAUGGCGAAAUUGAUGAUCGUAUUGCCGCCUUAUCUGUUCACCCCAAUAAGCAGGAACACUGGAUUUCUGGUCAAAUUGCUGAGAAGUUUAGGACCGUAAAAAUAUUCGUGCUGUUACUUUUUUUUUCCCGCUCGCGAUUUAUCACCAGCUGAGGGUUGAUGAGAUUGAGUUUGAGCGUUUUGGUUCUGCUGAGUUGAAGCAUUGUUUUGAAGAAUGUUUGUAGCUAGAGCUUCGCUUUUUAUUUCCUAAUCGAGGUCGCCAACCUCGAUUACGAUUUGGCUGGCUUUUUAGGAGGAACUUUCCCCCGAACCCGCUGAACAGGACCCCGCAGAGUUACUUGAGUAGUGUCGUUAACGAACAAUAGAGAGCCUGCUCCUACGCUUAGAAAGCUGACACGAUAUGAAAACUUCCUGCAUAUUGCUGGACGACCAUCUCCGACUUGCUUCUUCAAGGUGAGAGCCUCGCUGUAGCCGUAUUGAAGACAAAUGUAGUCCCGAGAAAUAAGAAUGAAUACAACAAUGCAACGGAUUCAGUACUUCUCAUGAUGAGCCAGGGAUACUUGUUUGGUACCCUUCGCGCAACACAAUUUUCGAGCUCG